UGUCCGCCCUUGAUUUUAAUGCAUGAGAUAUCAUAUUUAAUACUUUACAGCAACUUUGAAUAUUAUAAGUUGUAUUUGGGGUAUGUAACAGCAAAUGUACUGUAUUGUUCAUGUUCUUUAAUAUAUGUGGUAGCUGGUACUGAGUCCUCAUCCAUACGUCAGGACAGUGUUCUCAUAUCAGCCAACGUUGGAGACGCAGUGAUUGUGCACUGCUUCUAUGAAGGCCACAUGGCCAUGCAUUUCUCCUGGUACAAGCAACCCUUGGGAGAUAAGCUUCAACUCUUAUCAACCGUCUAUAAGUUUGACAGGAAUGCAACAUUCUACCAUGAGUUUAAGGAUAACCCUCGCUUCUCAGUGGAAAAUGGCCAAGAAAAGAAUCACCUAAGGAUCUCAGACAUGCAGCUCUCUGAUUCAGGCACAUACUACUGUGGAAGUGCUUAUGGCAACAAGGUGGAGUUGGGAGAAGGAGCCAUUCUCAUAAUAAAAGGAUCAGGGUCCAGAAACAUGUCUGUGCUACAGCAGCCUGUGUCUGAGUCAGUCCUCCCAGGAGACUCUGUGACUCUGAACUGUACAAUACACACUGAGACCUGUGUAGCAGAAUAUAGUGUCUAUUGGUUCAGACAUGGCUCAGGAGAAUCCCGUCCAGGAAUCAUUUACACCCAUGGAGACAGGAGUGAUCAGUGUGAGAAGAGCCCUGAGGCUGGGUCUCCUACACAGAGCUGUGUCUACAACCUCCCCAAGAGGAACCUCAGCCUCUCUGAUGCUGGGACUUAUUACUGUGCUGUGGCCUCAUGUGGGGAAAUACUGUUUGGGAACGGGACCAAGCUGUACCUUCAAGUUCCAGAGCAUGAUCCUCCAUUUGAUCUGAGUCCAACUGUUCUGGCCUUGGUCGUCUCCAACAUCGUUCUGGGGAUAGUGACCCUUGUACUUGUCUGGGUGCUGUGCAAGACUCAGAACAGAGAUAGCAGAGGGAGGACAGAUGUCCCAACGUCCCAGGGCAAUCAGAAUCAAGACAGUGAUGUGUUGAACUAUGCAGCUGUGAGUUUCACCCCCAAGAAUAACUCCUCCUCCUCUAGAAGAGCAAGAGAGAAGACCAGCAGAGAGGAUGCAGUGUACUCUGAGGUCAGAUACCUGCAGCAGCAGUGAAAGAUAUCACCACUGUCACAAAGACUCCAAGAAGAACCAUUUAACUAUUUGUAGCCUAAUGAAACUUUUAGUAUCUGAAAUUGGUAUGGAAUUUACAAUGCAACAAAGAAACUGUAAUUUUAACAUUGUCUGUAUGUUAGAUGUAUAUAAUGAUCCUGUAAUGCCUUAAAUAGCCAUAUGUUACGCCCUGACCUAUAGAACUCUUGUUUGUUGAGUCAGGGUGUGGAAAUCUAUGUUAUAUUUUCUAUGUUUAUGU